UUUCCUUCGAGCAAAUUGGAAUCCUUCACAAAAGAUUCAAGCAGUUGAGCCACAAUGAAGACACGCUGAGGUAGAACUCCCUAAUUAUUUUUGGCAUUCUAACACACUUUAUUUUUUAACUUGUGCUGUUGUACUUUGUUACUUUGGGGUUUUUAGACACACAUGGGUGUAAUCCUGGCAUAAUCAAUUUCUGAUUAGGUGGUUCUUCCCAUUUCUUUAGCAUAAACAAGCCUAACAGCUUUUGUUUAGGCUUUUGUUUUGCAUUUUGUUUAGCAUGUAUUAUAAUUGGCCAGCUUCCUGCUGCAAACCUAAUCAUCUUCUUGUCUUUUCACCUGUAGACGAGAUGACCUCAACACAAUUCCAGACCUGGCAUGCAAUCCGAUCCGAACCCAAAUUAUAGAGGCCUUCUUUGACAAAAGGUUGGUUAUCGUGUUUCUGUUAAGUACCUCAAAAAGAACAAGACUAAAGGUUAACUGCUCUCAAGAUGCCCCUAGCUUUAACCUACAUAGUAUGAUUUUCAUUAUACAGUAGGUUUGGUGGUGCCUCACAGGGAUUAGUCAAAUGUGAGCCUGAUCCAGAAACAACCCCUAGCCUUUAGCCCCUACCCGCUAGCAUUUGUGUAGAUCGGAAAGGGUUGAAUAUGUACAGUGGGGAGAGCAAGUAUUUGAUACUACACUGCCGAUUUUGCAGGUUUUCCUACUUACAAAGCAUGUAGAGGUCUGUCAUUUUUAUCCUAGGUACACUUCAACUGUGAGAGACGGAAUCUAAAAAAAAAAUCCAGAAAAUCACAUUGUAUAAUUUUUAAGUAAUUAAUUUGCAUUUUAUUGCAUGACAUAAGUAUUUGAUCACCUACCAACCAGUAAGAAUUCCGUCUCUCACAGACCUGUUAGUUUUUCUUUAAGAAGCCCUCCUGUUCUCCACUCAUUACCUGUAUUAACUGCACCUGUUUGAACUCGUUACCUGUAUAAAAGACACCUGUCUACACACUCAAUCAAACAGACUCCAACCUCUCCACAAUGGCCAAGACCAGAGAGCUGUGUAAGGACAUCAGGGAUAAAAUUGUAGACCUGCACAAGGCUGGGAUGGGCUACAGGACAAUAGGCAAGCAGCUUGGUGAGAAGGCAACAACUGUUGGCGCAAUUAUUAGAAAAUGGAAGAAGUUCAAGAUGACGGUCAAUGACCCUCGGUCUGGGGCUCCAUGCAAGAUCUCACCUCAUGGGCCAUCAAUGAUCAUGAGGAAGGUGAGGGAUCAGACCAGAACUACACGGCAGGACCUGGUCAAUGACCUGAAGAGAGCUGGGACCACAGUCUCAAAGAAAACCAUUAGUAACACACUACGCCGUCAUGGAUUGAAAUCCUGCAGCGCACGCAAGGUCCCCCUGCUCAAGCCACCGCAUGUCCAGGCCCGUCUGAAGUUUGCCAAUGACCAUCUGGAUGAUCCAGAGGAAGAAUGGGAGAAGGUCAUGUGGUCUGAUGAGACAAAAAUAGAGCUUUUUGGUCUAAACUCCACUCGCCGUGUUUGGAGGAAGAAGAAGGAUGAGUACAACCCCAAGAACACCAUCCCAACCGUGAAGCAUGGAGGUGGAAACAUCAUUCUUUGGGGAUGCUUUUCUGCAAAGGGGACAGGUCGACUGCACCGUAUUGAGGGGAGGAUGGAUGGGGCCAUGUAUCGCAAGAUCUUGGCCAACAACCUCCUUCCCUCAGUAAGAGCAUUGAAGAUGGGUCGUGGCUGGGUCUUCCAGCAUGACAACGACCCGAAACACACAGCCAGGGCAACUAAGGAGUGGCUCUGUAAGAAGCAUCUCAAGGUCCUGGAGUGGCCUAGCCAGUCUCCAGACCUGAACCCAAUAGAAAAUCUUUGGAGGGGGCUGAAAGUCCGUAUUGCCCAGCGACAGCCCCGAAACCUGAAGGAUCUGGAGAAGGUCUGUAUGGAGGAGUGGGCCAAAAUCCCUGCUGCAGUGUGUGCAAACCUGUUCAAGACCUACAGGAAACGUAUGAUCUCUGUAAUUGCAAACAAAAGUUUAUGUACCAAAUAUUAAGUUCUGCUUUUCUGAUGUAUCAAAUACUUAUGUCAUGCAAUAAAAUGCAAAUUAAUUACUUAAAAAUCAUACAUUGUGAUUUUCUGGAUUUUUGUUUUAGAUUCCAUCUCUCGCAGUUGAAGUGUACCUAUGAUAAAAAUGCCAGACCUCUACAUGCUUUAAGUAGGAAAACCUGCAAAAUCGGCAGUGUAUCAAAUACUUGUUCUCCCCACUGUAUACUCUAUAUGGCAGUCAUACAACCUAAGAUAUCAAUAGGCAAGUUGGAGCUACUACCAUAUUGUAUACAGUAUCAAUUUCUUUCACAUUUAUGGGAAGUGCCUAGGAUGUAGGGCCUAUGGGUUGUUUCUAGAAUGAGACAUGGUUACUUUCUAAUGAGCAAUACAGAAAACAUGCAAUGACCUCAUCUGUCCACUCAAUGAAGAUAUUUAUGUUCUUUGCUCGUAUGCCUCUAUAGAAACUUCCAUCAGAAUGGUGAGGGGACAGUCCAGGAGAUCAGCUUUGAGGAGUUCCUGGUGGUCAUGUCCCACUUCAGACCUCCAGCACUGAACAUGACAGAGGAACAGAGAGAGAACAUCAGGAGGGAAAAACUCCGCUGUGAGUGCCAUCAUUAAAAUGUUCUGCAUGGACUGGCGUUAAGAUAGAUGUAUUGCAGUACAGUAUCACUGGCAAAAUGUUACACUAUGUUGAAAUGGAUACCCAACAUUAUUGUUAGCUUGUGUACUUACUACAAUGACAUUGAAAACAUCGGUUGUACAAGAUACUGUAUACCGUUUGAUGUGUACAAUGGCUCACACUGUGACUUGAAUCAAUACUAGACUCAAUUAUCUGUCAACUUUCUGCUGGGAUACAACAGAUCUUUAUUAAAAAUUACCUUUACAAAAUGGAUUAAACAACUUCUCAUGGAACAAUAGGGACUGUGAGGGCAUACACGCACACACAGAAACACGCACAUUAUUUAGUCGUUGUAUUGUUUGUAUAAUUUUUGUUGUUGUAUUGUUUGUAUAGCGUUGUAUUUUAAAUUUGUGUGACUGUCCUUGUCUAUCAGUUGUCAUGGAAAUUCAACACAGGGACACUCAAAGUCAAUAUUAAAUGAAUCACUCUUUAUUGUCAGCAAGCUGGAGAGGUUACAGUCAAACAUAGAUGCAUAAAGUACCGGUCUGAAGUGAGCUCUGCCGGGGCAGUCCCGUUAGUUCUCUUAUAUACUGCUUACACAGACAAGCUACAUAGGUAUGAUUCAUAGGGUUGGUUCCUGCAUGUGACUGGCACCGUCUCCUAUCUUAACUUAUAGAACAUAUUCUGGGCGUUCUGCCAAAAGGUCUGAGGAGGGGGUCAUGACCGUCUCCCCCUCAUAUCUCUACCCAGCACCUACAGGAACCAAUGAUUGUAUGAUACAAGAUGUACAAUUCAAGGCUGUCCCUCCAGACUAUAUAUUUUUCCUCACAGUGUAUCAGUGUUUUGUUACUUGUCAUGUUUUGUGUUUUUUGUGGACCCCAGGAAAAGUAGCUGCUGCUGCUGCAAAAGCUAAAUAAAUAAACAAUAAACAAUAUAUCUCAAUAUACAGCAUUACUCAGCAAAUACAUUACAGUGAUGCCUCAUGACACUUGCAGAUCUUUGGUAAGGAAAUAUUUGUAAAGACAGACCGAUAGAAAAUAGUUUAAGUUGAACACUUUCUUAUUUUUUCCCAGUCCUGUUUAACAUGCACGACACAGACAACGAUGGAACAAUCACUCUGGAGGAGUACCGACAUGUAAGCCACUGCCCAGCCCUGUCUUUCAAAAUACAAAAAUACUCUAUCUACCUAUCACUGUUGUUACCAUGACUGCCUUGCCUCUGUAUGUACUGUAGGUAGUGGAGGAGCUGCUGUCUCGGAGCGGAGCCCUGGGGAAGGAAACGGCUAAAGGUAUAGCAGACGCUGCCAUGCUGGAGGUAGCCAGUAUCUCCGUGGGUCACAUGGUACGGCUGCUUUAUAAACAUUUUAUUCCUCACUCUGAGUGUUAGAUCUGGAACCAUCUACUAUAAAGACAUCCAACUAUUAUGUUUUUUUAUUUUUUUUUAUUAUAUUCAAUAAUCUCAUUCUUCAUUCUCAGGAACCAGAUGAGUUUUACGAGGGGAUCACUUUUGAACAUUUCCUAAAGGUUUGUAAUAAAACAUUAUGUUGUGUCUAAGAAAAAGUCAUGGCUUUAGCUUUUCUUUUUUCAAAUGUUUUUACUAUAAAAAUAAUAAGUAUAGAUUAUUUAAGUGAGCCUCCUGGAGAGCCCAUUGAAUCAUCGUUGUUCUUUAAAGGGAACAUCUGUGAUUCAAAAGAAACAAUUUGACUUUUAAAUUUAAGGCUCUAUUCAAUCUGUAUCACUGGAGUGUUGCAGAUUGUGUGAUAUAAAUGUAAAGGUAAUUUCUGAUUGAGCCGACAUAUGCGGUGUUUACCGUGAAUGCAGUCUCCGCUAACGCGGGAAUAUUGCCUUUAAAUUUAAAUCACGCUGUAACGCUGAACUUCCGCGAUACGGAUUGAAUAGAGCCGUAACGAUAUAUACCCAUUGAUUCUUGAAGAAUAUAACUUAUAUCUGCCUCAUGAACUUAGUUCAAUUGGCGUACCCCAUUAGAACCUAAAAUAUACGCUUGUUUUACACCAUUGUUUGUUAACACUGAUAUUGCAAACAAACACUGUAUAGCUUCAAAACAUGGUUAAAACUGAUCUGAUGGAUGGUCUGCCCUUGCAUCUAUAGCUCUGUCUUAGAAUUUUUAAGUGGUUACAUUUCUCCAGCCCCAUCCCUCUGCUGUUGUCUUGUUAUUAGAGGACACAUAGUUGAAGGCAUCAUCAGAGUUUAGUAACUAAGUAAUAUACUGGUAGUAAAACAACAAUUUAUUUUCAGAUACUGAAAGAUAUUGAGAUCGAGACAAGAAUGAACAUUCGCUUUUUGAAUAUGGACACGACGAACCUGUGCAAGUGAGGAUCUUCCACCUUUUUUAUUACUAUGCAGCACCAGCACUCUUUUAUGGUAUUUUAUUUAGUGGCCAUUUAGGGCACACUUUAAGCAGUGACGUGCGGUCGGUAUCUGGGUAAGCACUGGCUAUUAUCAAAGCCAGAUUUGCUCACAAAUAAACCUUAAUGAAGCCCAAGUUCACCAUACAACAGAUAGCGCCAACAACCAGAGUGACAUAGGCUAUUAACCGAAAUUGACAAAAAUGUUCACCAAAUGUGACUGACCGACCGGCUCAAUUCGGUCUUAUGUAUCAACAUUUGAAAUUGUGUUUUUUUACAUUGGAUAAAAGUAGAGAAAAUGGUAUAUCAUACACUACAGUUGAGGAACAAUGGGAAGGUAAUUCUGCUUAGAAAGUUGAUCAACUUAUUACCCCACUUUUGAGAAAACAGCCCUUGAAUGUU